UUUGUUCCAUUUUGCGUCAAUAUUCUAUUUAUACUGCUUUUUGUACCACAUUAUUGCAAUUUCUACGAGUUUCCUGCUAUCCCACCGUGUGUUACAGACACAUUUCUUUCGGAACGUGACUUUUUCCUGAAUAAUGAAAAAUAGAAAGAAAAUUCUUCUGCCAAAUAAGCCGAUUAUUAAACGCUCGGAGUCGCACAUCGACAGAAGUCACUCGGACAAGCCUCUGAAAAAGCAAAUAUUCACCAGUGUUUCGUUGCAUCAGAAUUUGGAGUUUUUUCGGCAACAAAGCAACUUAUUUCCCAAACCUCUACCGAAUUACGGAGACGCCGACACUUAUUUUAGACAAAGUUUACGAAACUAUAACUAUUUUGAUAUCUCAUUUUUCGGUAAAAAACGGAACAGUGGUGUUAAAAGUGCCAGGUCUGUCGAAAGUUUAAAAAAGAAGAAAUCUUCGUCGUCAGUAAAGCCAAAAACACCCUCGACAGAUCCGAGGAGUCCGAUUUUAAAAUUAAAAUUACCUGAAAGCAAAAAAGAAACUGAAGAAUUUGAUGCAGACAUCUUCUAUUCACCAGACAGUCAGAAAAGUUUUAAGGAAUCAGCUCGUACUCUAACACAUAACAAAUCUGAUAGUAGCUUAAUAGAAGAGGACGAGAAAUCUGGUGAAAUAACUCCAGUUAACAUGGCUGAAGAUGCUGAAGAUUUUGCUGAGGAAUAUGAAGCACAGGCUGAAGCUGAACCCGCACCAAUCGUGGGAGAUGAAACAGAAACCGAAGGCGAAGAAGAGGAAGGGGAAGAUGAAAUGAAACAAGUUGAACAGAUGAUAAAGCAAGCAUCAGCAGAACUAGCUGAAGUAACCGAGGAAAAUCAACAACUUAUAGAAACCUUUACUGAAGAGGAAGAAGAAGGGGAGCUGGACGAAGGAGAAGGAGCCCCAAUGAGAGCAGCUGGUGACGGCUCAACCUUCAAGUUUGACCCAGCAAUUGAUGCUGCGGUUCUCAGAGAACUAGAAGAAGCAGAAAAACAAGCCAAAGCUACGGCCAAAAUAAUCUACGAACUGAAAACUCGCGUUACUGAAUUGCUAAAGAAAGAGAAAAACACUGAAGCUGAGGCUAGGGAACUGGAGGAGAAAAAUAAAGAACUCAAAGCUCAAAUGCUUCUGUUUGAGGAGAAAACCAAACGAAUUCAAUUCCUCAUCGCCCAAACCAACCUAUUCGAUAAAAUGAUACCACCGCAAACCCCUCUCCAGACGCCCCAUAACGAAGAUGUGCUGCCGAAAGUAAUCGUCUGCGGAAUGACCGAGCAUAAUAUUCCGAAAUUACUGUUGUGUGAUGAUAAAAAGAAAUCCUGUUCUCCGUCUUGUGACAAAAAUGUAAACAUUCCAAUGUCUGUUGUGCCCAAAUUUGCCAAAAGGCUCAGUGAUAGUUACACGAUGCAGGAAAAAUUAGCCGCUGAAAAUGCCGAUUUAGAAGGCAUGAGGUACAAAUUACAGUCCGACCUACUCAACAAAGACCAAACGAUUGAAUACCUCCAAAGAAAACUUUGCAGCAUUCAGUGUGAAAUGCGAGUCCUCUGCAAGGAAAACUCAGAACUGAACGAAAAAGUGCAACAGAUUUGCGGCCACAAACAAGACGUCCAGAAACCGAAAAAAAUGCCGUGUGGGAAAGGAAGAGGGCCAUGUCCUGCCGAUAUCGAGCACCGACUCAAUGAAUAUUCCGAAACCACCAAAAUUCUGGAAAAACAACUCUGCGAUAUGGAAAACGACGUAAAAACGAUGCAAAGUGAACUAACUGCUGUACAAACCGAACGGGAACAUUUAGAACAACACAAGAAAAUUAUCAUUUGCCCUCCCCCCAUGUGCCACCCUUGUGCCCCUCCUCCGUGUCCUCCCUGCAGCCCGUGCAUUGUCCCUUGUUCCGAUUUGCAAUUGAGGGAAUUGAGGGAACAAUACUGCAGACUCCAGGAUGAUUUCAAAAGCAAGGUGACUGAAGUUGGGGGACUUAGGGCUGAUAACGAAAAAUUGAAAGCGACGGCUAAAGAAGCAGAAGAGGCGCAAAAGAAACUUGAAGACAGAGUGCGAGAAUUGGAGAGGACGUUAAAAAGUUUCAAGACUGAUAAUAACAAAUUUGUGGGAUCGAAGGAACAGUUAAUAGAACAGGAACAGCAGCUCGCAGUUGCGAAACAAAGAUUCAGAGAAGCGCAAGAUGAGUUGGAGGAAUUGAGAUCGUUUAUUCAAGACCAGCAGGGACAACUUGAUGACUACAGAAAUAAAUAUUUGGAAGCCCAACAAGAAGUCGAGGAACAACGAAGACACAUUGACAUGUUGGAAAUGGACGCGAAUCGAGUGAACGAGCAAGUGAAUUUAGAGAUCCAGCGCGUGAAAAGCCAGUUUCAAGAGAAAUUGCAAGAGCUUUUGCCGCUUCCCGAUUUACUGAAAACCACCCAACUGAAGCUGCAAGAAGCGCAACAGAUGCACCUUCUCGCUGAGCGCAACAACGAGGCUCUUCAGCGAGACUUGCAGCUGUAUAAGGACAAAAUUGCCGAGAUUACCGGCGAGAUGGAUAAGGCUCGCAGUGACAACAAAUUAGGCGAAAACGAGAAACUGUCGUUGGCGCAAAGGAUUGAGGAAAUGGAGGCGAAAAUAAACGAACUGGAGGAGGAGAAUUUCAGUCUGAGGGAAGACAUGAAGCGAACUGAAGAAACCUUGGAAGAAACCGAGCGAGAAAAGGAAGCAAAAAUGCACGAAAUUGCCCAGCUAGCCGCCCAGUUGGAGACGGUCCGUGAGGAAUCUGCCCGGCAAGUUGCCAGGAAUAAGGAGAGGUGUGAAACGGUUAGGAGGUCGAUGCAGAACCAAAUAUCCGAUUUGGAGAGACAGCUGGCUCAAAGCAGGGCCCAGGCAAGGGCUGCACAGAAGGACAGGGACGAAAUUCGGCAAAAAAUGCAAGCGCAGAUUAAUAAUCUUCACGAAAACUUCGAAGAUGCGCAAAUGCGGAUUAGAAACCUACAAGGGCACGUUAAUUUCCUGAAAGAGUCGUAUACUCCGAAUGUUCCCGGAGUUGGGGAUACCGAAUCGGUGUCCGAUCAUCAAGAUCCUUGCAACUGCGGACGAGAUUUUUGAAAAUUUUAUUCUGUAAUGGGACUGUAAACAAAUCACCUGAAAUAUAUUUCGAUAAACCAUU